AUGGCCACGGUGGGAAGCCCUUGGGGCUGGUUCCUGGGGUGCCUCGUCCUUGGUGUCACAGGGUUGCGGGUCUCUGGAAGCGGCAGCCACAUCAUAAACGGCGAGGACUGCAAGCCGCACUCGCAGCCCUGGCAGGCGGCACUGUUCCUGGAAAACGAAUUCUUCUGCGCGGGCAUCCUGGUGCAUCCGCAGUGGGUGCUGUCGGCCGCACACUGUCACCAGAGCUCCUACACCGUCGGGCUGGGCCUGCACAGUCUGGAGGCCAGCCAGGAGCCGGGCAGCCGGAUGGUGGAGGCCACGCUCUCCAUUCGGCACCCGGAGCACAACAAACCCUUUCUUGCCAAUGACCUCAUGCUCAUCAGGCUGAGUGAAGCAGUGCCCCCGUCUGACACCAUCCAGAACAUCAGCGUGGCCUCCCAGUGCCCCACCGCCGGGGACUCCUGCCUCGUCUCUGGCUGGGGUCUGCUGGUGGACGGCAGACUGCCCACGGUGCUCCAGUGCGUGAAUGUGUCGGUGAUGUCUGACGAGGCCUGCAGUGAGCUCUAUGACCCGGUGUACCACCCCAGCAUGUUCUGUGCCGGUGGGGGACAGGACCAGAAGGACUCCUGCAAUGGUGACUCAGGGGGGCCCUUGAUCUGCAACAGAACCCUGCAGGGUCUCGUAUCUUUUGGACAAGCCGAAUGUGGCCAAGUCGGCAUUCCAGGUGUCUACACCAACCUCUGUAAAUUCACUGACUGGAUAGAGAAAACCAUCCAGGCCAGUUACCCUGGGGACGAAGAUUCAUGAAACUGACCCCCAAAUAUGUCCUGCUGAAGGAAUUCA